CGAGCCUUUCCGGGGCUGUGCCCCGGAAGGGGAAGUGCGAUCUUCGGGCUGUCAGAGUUGGUGUGUUACUCGGUGGUGGCGGAGUCUACGGAAGCCGUUUUCCCUUCACUUUUCCUGGCUCUAGAUCGCUUUCCACCUGGCAGGUGGGAGUGCAGGGACGAAGGUGCGAGAUGAGCACCAUGUUCGCGGACACUCUCCUCAUCGUAUUUAUCUCUGUGUGCACGGCUCUGCUCGCCGAGGGCAUAACCUGGGUCCUGGUUUACAGGACAGACAAGUACAAGAGACUGAAGGCAGAAGUGGAAAAACAAAGUAAAAAAUUGGAAAAGAAGAAGGAAACAAUAACAGAGUCAGCUGGUCGACAACAGAAAAAGAAAAUAGAGAGACAAGAAGAGAAACUAAAGAAUAACAACAGAGAUCUAUCAAUGGUUCGAAUGAAAUCCAUGUUUGCAAUUGGCUUUUGUUUCACUGCCCUAAUGGGAAUGUUCAAUUCCAUAUUUGAUGGUAGAGUGGUGGCAAAGCUUCCUUUUACCCCUCUUUCUUAUAUCCAAGGACUGUCUCAUCGAAAUCUGCUGGGAGAUGACACCACAGACUGUUCCUUCAUCUUCCUGUAUAUUCUCUGUACUAUGUCGAUUCGACAGAAUAUUCAGAAGAUUCUUGGCCUUGCCCCUUCACGAGCUGCCACCAAGCAGGCAGGUGGAUUUCUUGGCCCACCCCCUCCUUCUGGGAAGUUUUCUUGAACUCAAGCAGAACUCUUUAUUUUCUAUCAUUCUUUCUAGACACACACAUCAGACUGGCAACUGUUUUGUAGCAAGAGCCAUAGGUAGCCUUAGUACUUGGGCCUCUUUCUAGUUUUGAAUUAUUUCUAGGCCUUUUGGGUAUGAUUAGAGUGAGAAUGGCACCCAGCAAACUUGAUCAUGCUUUUGGUCCUAGAUGGUUUUCAAAUAAGUGGAUUGAUUUGUUAAGUUCAGGUGAUGUUUAUGUAACAAAAAACAAAUAGCAUCCUUCUUGUUUCAUUUACAUAAGAAUUUUCUUUGGGACUGACUUUCAAGGCCCUAUGUAUGCCCUGCAAGAGAUCUAGAAGAAAAAUUUAGUUUGUAUAGCUCUUAAUUGUAACUGUUUGUUGAGUUGUUUUUUUUUUAAGCCAAAUAUAUGACAUAAGAUCAAUAAAGAGGCCAAAUUGUUAGCUAUUUUAUAUACAAGGAGAGAUCUGUUUCAUUUUGUUUUGCCCUAUUUUUAGAUAUAAGUUUUAGCAUUGGCCAGGAAGGGCUAAAAUAAAAGUUUUUAAGGUACCAUACUUUUUGCCAUACUUGACUCAUGUACUCAAAAUACAGAGUUGUCCUGGUGUAGGAACUAGAAAGCAGGAGUGGAAAGGAACGUAAUAAUUCAUGGGAGUUUAAAAAUCAGGGUCUUGGCAAGUAACACUGAUGUCUGAAAAAAAAAAAUUAAAUAUAAAUAAAUAAAUAAAAAUGAGGGUCCUCAGCCAUUUUCUUCAUAUCCUAUUACAGUCUCUUGGAUUCUUGUAGGGGCAUUAUUAGAUCUCCCUUGGAGGCAAGGAUAUAGUUAUAUGUGUUAACCUUGCAGAGCUUUCUUUUAGUCACAAUAGCCUUCAGUUUCUGCCAUGCCCCUUCAUAAGGGAAAAGGAUAUUUGUACCAUGAUCCUCCCCCAUAAUCUACGGAAUUAGGAGCCCUGUGUGGAUUCCUAUCAAUAAGUAUGCACAUUCAUCAAAUAUCUACUUAAAUGUGAGUAUUCUACUACUGAGAAAAAACACAUAAUUUUCAAAGUAAUAAUUGUUAAACCAACAGCAAACUUCUUUCUUAUCAGCACCAUAAAGUCCAGAAGACAGUGGAAAAAUAAUUUCACAGUUCUGAGGAAAAUAAGUAUCACCUUAGAAUUUUAUUCACAAUAUUGGAGGCAAAAUAAAGACAUUUUUGCACAUAGAAAACUAAGAGAAUUUAAUUAUUAAAGGUUAUAUUUCAAGGAUGGAAAAGAAAAUCUGCCCAAGGUGAAGGUAUGGGAUACAAGAAACAGUGAUCAACAGAGAAAUAAAAUAUAUGGAUAAAUAUAAGGAUAAAUUUAAAUGUUUUAUGGAUUAUCUAAUUUAAAGAUUAUCCCAAGACAACCCUACAAGGUAAUCACUGUUCUUACCUUCAUUUAACAGAUGAGGACGCUGGGGCAGGGGAGGUUAGUAACUUGCUUCUCAUCACAGAGCUAUUGAGUGGCAGAGUCAGAAUUUGAAUUCAACCAUUGUAAAGCCAAAUAGUCCAGACUGUCAAGCUCUAUCUUACAACCUCCUCAUAGGUAUGUGGUGAUUCUCUUCUCAUCACCUCAUCUCCUCAAUUAGAGUGUGUGAGCUCUCUCAAGUUAGGCUUUGUCUUUUUUGUGUUCUCCUUUUUACAAAGUAGUCAACAUGGGUGGGAACAUAGCAGGAGCUCAAUAAAAGCAGAAAAAAGGGAACAGAAGUCCCUAUUUUGAAACUAGUUUCAGAAGGAUGUCUGAUAAUGGAUGGUGAUGACUUUUAAUGGUCUUUUCUCCACGUCAUUGACCACUCUAAGCAAAAUAAUAAUUUUAAUGAUAAUGAAGAAAAUGCUGCUCAUAACAAUAAUGACAAAUAUGAAAUAUCUAAAAUAAAACAUGAAAAGAAACUAUCCUCAAAAUUCUGCCAUCACCUUUUUAAAGUGAGAAUGUAUAGCACACUCGAUCAUUCAUACCCUGAGGCUUUGAAGUUGGUGCUUUCUAAUUAGAUUUCUUAUGGACCAGGUGUUUAUAUACAAAUUAUGUUUCCAUAGUAAAGAAUAAAUAAGAGGAAGAAGUUAAAAAGGAGAGGAAGAAGGAGAGAUUGCAUCUAUUCACCCUAUUCAUUUAAAAUUUUUCUUUUUUCCAAAUACAUUCUGCUUAUGUAUAUUCACCCUGUUCUUAACAGCACAAUAACAAAGAUACAUUACAGAGGAAAUAAAGCUCACAUCACAAGAUUUAAGUUCAAGGAGUUAUUAAGGGCUACUGCAGCCUCACAAUUAGCUUUUUUUACAUUUCUUGUUUUGAAGAAAUUUCAAGACUAGUUACCACCAGAUCACUGGAGAUGACAUUUCAAGACAGGCCUCUGAACAUCUCUCAAAACACAUACUUUGGCUAUUUUCCCUAUG